CUGAUCUUUCCCCCUGCGCCAGCACUUUUAGAUUUGGCACCGUUUAACUCCAUUUCUAUCAGGACCAGUGUGCACUUUGACCCAGAGGAUAUCCUGUGCCUUCUCAGCAGUUGGAGCAUGAGCACGUUAAGGCCAACAUAAGACCAAAGAGCUUUGAAGCUUUAGGCACUGUUAUUGAGGAAAAAGGGGGAUUUUAAACAUUCAACAAACCAGACAAGAGACAGACUGGGAAUAUUAACUUAAGAACUUGAUAAUGAUGGAAGAGGUAAAAGAAGUGACAUCCAUUCUGAGUGUCCAUGGUCAUAACAUCAAAGUUGCAGAGGUGCUGAAAGACGGAGAAACGCUUACCUUUCUAAUCGUCUCUGAAAAGCUGUCUGGGACAGGGGAAUACCAUGUGUACCGGACCUAUGAUGAUUUUGAAUGGCUGCAGCAGCACCUGUUCUCUCAGGAGGACGUGCCCGGGAUACAGGGAGUCAUAUUUCCUCCUCUUCCUACAAAGGCUCAGGUGAAUAACUCUGCCAAGGUUAUGAAACAGCUUGGUUUCCUUGGUUUGGGAGAGUGGCAGCCGUACUGUAAAGCACUGGAAACUUUCCUCCAGGAGGUGGCUUCACACAGCGUACUCAGCAAAAAUAAAUGUGUGGAGAUCUUCCUUACCAGCUCAGAUCCUCCAGGCAGACAAAUUCUAAGGAAAAACAUUUUAAACCGGCUGAGUCAAGCUGUGGAAGAGAUGAGGAAAGAAGGCCAUAAGGAUGUGGACGAGUUCUUUCAAACCCAACGUGAUCAUAAUCUCCUUCUAACUGGCUGUGCCAAGAAUGCAGCUGAGAAGUUCCUGGAUGUGGUGCUAACUGAGCAGAAAAUAGCUGUGGCCUGUGGGCAUUUCUCAGCUGCUCUGCAUCUCUGUGUGGAACAAGGGGAGGAUCCUGACAAACAGGCAUUCUCUAAGCUAUGUGUGAAAUUAUCCGAAGUCUUUGAUUCUAUGAAGAAAAAUAUGGUGAGUGUUGCUGAGAACAACGUGAGCACUCUCGGACUAGGCCUGGACCUGGACUCGCGCUACCAAGAGGCACAGAAGGAAAUGCUCUUCAGGAGAACAUGUAAACUGGUGGAGUUAGAGACUGCCAGGAGGAAUGCAGAGAAAGCCAAACCUGUAAAAAAGGCUGCUAUGGAGGAAAUGAAGAAAACAACAGAGACUGAGUUUAUUCAUAUUUGUGGACUGGCUAAACAGGAGAUUGCACGGUUCAAGGGAGUCCAUGUGGAGAUAUUGCAGCAGGCUCUGGUUCAGUGGUGUGAAAAGCAGCUUUUUACAGCCAAAGAAAGCGCUGACCAGCUCCGUCAACACCUGCAAGCUUUCAAAGGAAUGGCCUGCUGACAUCGUUUGUACCCUCUUAAAGAAGCAUCUAUGUUUUAUAUGAUUUUAUGUACUGUAUUCUAAUGUUUCACUGAAUUCAGGUACAUUGAGACAAAGAAGAUUAAGCUCCGUAAAAGAGUUUCCUCAUAAUUAAACAGCAUCCAUAUAAUUUGUGUUCAUAUACACACUUACAUUUCCUCAUUCUCUCUUCAGUCCUACUCUUACAAAUAAAGCCACAUUAGAAAUGACUGCCUUGAGAUAGCGGAGGGCUGGUGUGUGAACGUGUGUGUUCUCUACUACACACUUGUGCUGAGAAUGUAUUGUGCCGCUCUCUGGCCACUACAUCAGCUGGGGUCACAAAAUAAAAUGUCAUGAAUUG